UCUGCUUUAAAAACAUCAUCGCUUUUUGCCUUGCUAAAUAAGGUUGUGCAAUUACAGCAAUUACAGCAAACGGUCACCUUUCCGCAAAAAAAAGGACUUUGGCAUCACACACAACAUACUUUGUCAGCAUCGCUCGUCUCAGCAUCGCUUGCCUCAACAUCACUUGCCUUAACAUCAAACCCUUCAACAUACACUCCUCGAUAUAGGACAGAGCUCAGAAUCCUGCCAUUGGAUCUCGUCCUUCCUGGGAUGCAUCAACCAUAUAACUACAUCUCACUCCACGACAUCAGCCCUGAGGGUCGUUUCGUAUGGGUAUCCGAGUCCAUCUUCGAUGUUCUUGGAUAUACGCCAGAGGAAAUCGUAGGGCGGCCUGUGUACGAGUUCAUCUACUCAGAAGAUAUAGCUGCGAGCAAAACAGUUCACAAGGAAAAUGUCAUGAACGAUCUGGUAGCGAGCCAGGUUAUUCUUCGAUACGUUGGCAAAGAUGGCCGUCCGGUGGCCUGCACAUCCGUUUUCAGUCUCUGCUACGACUUUGUCGUCAAUUGCUCGACCAUCGUUGACCCGAAUGUCGGCACCUUCAGGCAGUUCAGGGCCCACUCAGUCGCGAUGACACGCAUUGUAGGAUCCAGGAAAGAGGAGUUCGAGAGGAUAAAGCGCCAUCAAAGAGCGUUUGACGCCAACUCAUGGAACCAUCAAGGAUUGGAUCCGGAACCGCGCGCUUGUAUGAUUCUAAACCGAUUCUCACGGAGUCUGCUGAUCAUGUAUGCAUCUCCGGCGUGCGAGCUGAUCUUUCACCUCGAUCCGGAACAAAUUGUCGGCAAACCGAUCUUACUCUUUAUCCGAGCAGACGAUCUAGGAUCGUUCGUCGAACAGGUGGACAUGGUCAAGUCGUCCUCAGCAAUCACGCAUAUGAGAUUCUGGUUCCAAUCCCCGAACUGGCCACAGGAGAUCCCAUGCGAGGCAAUGCUCUUUGGAGCAGUUGAUGGCAUGGUUGCUGUCCUGAGACGAUGUAAACCCUUUAUUAGGAAACGGAUGGUCGAGAGUACAGAGCAAUACAACAGCGCUCGCAAAGCCAAUAACCCGGCUUCUUGGUCGUCAAGCAGCUCAAGGUCCUUUUCGUCAACUCCCGGUACAUCGAUGUCCACCUCGCCUCCAAUACAUGUCCAAACAUUCGACACGUACAAUCCGACAUACCCUACUCGGAAUGCAUCCAUAGCGUCCAUAACUGACCUCAGUCACACUAGGAUAUCGAAACUUGAAUGCGAAAGGACUCGACCGCUUACAGAUCUCCCAAACAAUGCUCCGAGCUUGGCGCCAGAAACGUCGUCAUUACCAGAAGCGUUUAUCUUCAAAGAGGUCUAUGUGCAGGAGUACGAAGAAAGGGAUGAUGGCGAUUACAGCGACGAUGAAAGACGUGUCAAGGAAUCUGACAUUGGUGAGAAAGAGAUAGGAAUCGAAUUGGCCUGAUACGAUUUUUUUUUGUAUGCGUUCUUCUCAAAAUAAAGUGAAUUCCUACCCUACCA